AUGAUCAUUAUUGUGUUCAAAACUAUGAAAAAGCAUCCAAAAAGCAUCCGAACGGUUGCCCUAAUGAUAUAUAAGACUAACAUAAACUAUUCGAGGGAAACNGGAUGUGGUUGUGCUCCGUGUUGUUAUCAACACCAACACCACUCGCAUUACAAACACUUGAAACGACCCUUUAAUCUCAAGUCUAAUAAUAAUAAUUCGUUGUGCAGUGAAGACGAGUACAACAUCGGAGGCACUAAUAAUAAUGGAGUGAUAAGUGGUGUGAAUAGCACUUUGGAGGAGACAUAUAACUCAACGAUGACCAGAACUGAUUGCAUAACAAUGGCUUUGUCUCUAUUGAUCAUUCCCUUCAUUCCGGCCACAAAUCUCUUCUUUUACGUGGGAUUUGUGAUCGCAGAGCGAAUACUAUAUAUUCCUAAAGAAAAUCUCUAUCGUUCGGGCAUUGAUAUCAAUCCACCAAAAGCGAAUAUAUUGAGCGCUCAGUCAAAGAAGAAAGAAGCAGAAAAUGCUUAUAAGAAAGCCCUCACCUAUAGGUUCAAUAUGGCUGAUGUCCACUACAAUCUGUAA